AUGUGGUUCUCAGCUAGCGGUGGCGUUCGAAUUGGCUCCGUGAAUGCCGCCGCCGUAACAAACCACUCGACAACGGACACGAUGUGGCAGAGUUUUCCGGGGUUUUGGGACAGCUGCGUAAGUGAAAGGAUAUUCCUUGGAGACCCUCAUUCACUUGUACAUCUUGUAGCUCCUAAGAUUGAGAAAUGUGAGGCUGGCGAUUCCAUCUGCGUAGCGGAAACAAUUACCCGAAUUCUUCGAACGUACCCCAAGGGUCUAGCCUCCAUUGGAUUGGAUGCCCUCGAUUCUAUUUCAUUUGAGAAUGUCAUCGUCAGUCGGAAAGAACCAGAUGGCCCAGCAACGUUGGAUCUUUUAUUUAAUAACGUAACCGUAAGAGGAUUCGCGGACUCUACAGUGGCGGAGGCCAAGGGAUUCGAAGCGGAUCUGCCGCGAGUCCUGGAGUUAAGUGGGUGGAUUCCAUUGCUGAAGCUGGAUGGGUUUUACGAGAUGCAUGGUAGUCUACUGACCAUGCCCAUUCAGGGAAGAGGCCAUGCUCUGGUUGAGAUCAAGGAGUGCCGUUUCCGCUGCAAAGUGAGGGCGGUGGAGCAACUUCGAGGAGAUGGCAAGCGGUAUGCGGAGAUAGCCAAGGUCAAGUGCUUGCUGGAUGUGCAGGGCAUGCAUCUUAAUUUUGAGAAUCUUUUCAACAAUUCGGAGCUGAGUGAUGCCAUGAACGAUGUGGCCAACGCCAAGUGGCUGAAAAUUUGGCAUACCCUUCGCAAGGGUAUCACUUCCGCAGUGGAUCAACUGGUCGAGUCAAUUCUCAAGCGAGUGGCUAACAAAUUACCAUAUGACGAUUUCUAUAGAAAUUAGAAGUUUCAGAAUUUUCUAAGCUAUUGCAAAUUUUUUUGUGGAAUAUUCAAUAUCAAAGAUUUCCACCUGUAGCAAAGGAUUCUGAUUCGUUAGAAAACAACGCUUUUCCAACCGGUUUUGAGCUUUGCAACUAUAAAAAUAUCAUUUAGUUUUAAGCUUUAGUCAGUGGAAAUAAUGCAAUUGAGCUUGAUAUAUCUCGCACUAGUUGCCCAACUGGUAGUAGCCAAUCAGUUGCGUAAGAUUCAAUAAAGCUUACUUCAACGGAA